CAUAAAGAGCAAAAACUCUUUAAAAGAAACCGCCUCUGCUUGCAAGAGGUUCACUCCCUUUCUUUCUUCUUCUUCUGGUUUCUCUUUGCUCUCUGCAUCUGUUUUUCGUGAUUAACUAAAUAAAAAGAGGAAAAGAAAAAGAGAAACAAAGACGGCGAAAGAUGGGAAAGAAGAAAAGCGUCGCUGAAGCCAGGAGGAUCCAAUUGGCCCAAACACUUGAGAAGUUUCGCGAAUCAAAAGAUGAAGUGUAUACCUUUGAUUCCACCCUUUCAAACAAAGAACGGGCACUUGUGCACAGAGCAUGCAAGAAAAUGGGUAUGAAAUCCAAAAGUUCUGGGCGUGGGAGCCAGAGACGUAUAUCUAUCUACAAAAUUAGAGGGAAAGUUGACAAUAUGAAAGGGAGGGAGAGUCUCACGAAUAUGACAUUUUCAGAGGGGGCACAAGUGGUUUUGCAGGACUUAUUUACACAUCAUCCACCUGAGGAUGGAGAGCUUGGAGAGAAAUUAGUUGAAAAAUAUAGUGGAAAAACUGCUAAAGUACGAAAGAAGAAAGAUGAUAUUUUCUCCAAGCCAUUGAUGAGUGACACAGAGAUUGCAGAGAAGGUUAAAACGCUUGCAUCUAGGAUAGAGAAGGAUCCUAAUUUGAGACAGAUUAAUGAAGAGAGGUCGAAGCUUCCAAUUGCUUCAUUUAGGGAUGUGAUUACGUCCACAGUUGAAUCUCACCAGGUUGUCCUCAUUUCUGGUGAGACUGGAUGUGGAAAGACCACACAGGUCCCGCAAUAUCUAUUGGACUAUAUGUGGGGAAAAGGCGAGGCUUGUAAAGUAGUGUGUACUCAGCCUCGGCGUAUAUCAGCUACAUCAGUGUCUGAGAGAAUCUCUAAUGAAAGAGGAGAAAAUGUUGGGAAUGAUGUUGGAUACAAGAUUCGCUUGGAAAGUAAAGGUGGUCGGCACUCAUCGAUUGUCUUCUGCACGAAUGGGGUAUUAUUGAGGGUGCUGGUUUCGAGCAGUAGGUCGAAGAGAGAAGACAUUUCUGACAUGACUCACAUUAUUAUGGAUGAAAUUCAUGAAAGGGACCGCUUCUGUGAUUUCAUGCUGGCAAUUAUCAGGGACAUACUUCCUUCAUAUCCUCACCUACGGCUGGUAUUAAUGAGUGCUACUCUUGAUGCUGAGCGCUUUUCGCAGUAUUUUGGUGGUUGCCCAAUUAUCCGUGUCCCUGGGUUUACAUAUCCUGUAAAAGCUUUCUAUUUGGAGGAUGUGCUUUCCAUUUUGAAAUCUGCAGACAAUAAUCAUCUUAUUUCAGCAAGUGCAAGUGUCCCAAAUGAAGACCCAGAAUUAACAGAAGAAGAUAAGAUUGCAUUAGAUGAAGCUAUUAAUUUGGCUUGUUCAACUGAUGAGUUUGAUCCCCUUCUCGAGUUGGUUUCUGUUGAAGGAGGGUCACAGGUUCAUAAUUAUCAGCAUUCUUUGACUGGACUAACACCUUUAAUGGUGUUUGCUGGAAAGGGUAGGGUGGCGGAUGUUUGCAUGCUCCUCUCAUUUGGUGUGAACUGCCAUCUAAGGUCCAAGGAUGGGAAAAGAGCUUUGGAGUGGGCGGAGCAGGAAAACCAGCAGGAAGCUACUGAAAUAAUAAAAAAACAUAUGCAAAGUCUCCUUUCCAAUUCUGGGGAACAACAACAGUUACUGGAUAAGUAUAUAGAGGCUGUUGAUCCAGAAAUUAUUGAUGUUGUUCUUAUUGAGCAGUUAUUAAGGAAGAUAUGCAUCGAUUCAAACGAAGGAGCUAUCCUUGUUUUCCUUCCUGGGUGGGAGGAUAUAAAUAGGACCCGAGAGAAAUUACUUGCCAACCCCUUUUUCAAAGAUUCUUCCAGAUUUAUUAUAAUAUCUCUGCACUCAAUGGUUCCAUCUGCAGAGCAAAAGAAGGUUUUUAAACGUCCACCUUUUGGUUGCCGCAAAAUUAUCCUUUCAACCAAUAUUGCUGAAAGUUCCAUCACGAUCGAUGACGUUGUCUAUGUUAUAGAUAGUGGUCGAAUGAAAGAGAAAAGCUAUGAUCCUUAUAAUAAUGUAUCAACUCUUCAGUCUUCUUGGGUCUCCAAAGCAAAUGCCAAGCAGCGAGAGGGGCGUGCAGGCCGAUGUCAGCCUGGAACUUGUUAUCAUCUUUAUUCAAAGCUUCGAUCAGCUUCUAUGCCAGACUUUCAAGUUCCAGAAAUUAAGAGAAUGCCAAUUGAGGAGCUUUGUUUACAGGUGAAGUUGCUUGACCCAAAUUGCAAAGUAGAGAAUUUCUUGCAAAAGACAUUGGAUCCUCCUGUUUCUGAAGCUAUACGUAAUGCAGUUAGUGUUCUUCAAGAUAUUGGGGCUUUCUCACAUGAUGAGGAGCUGACUGAACUUGGAGAGAAGCUUGGUUAUCUUCCUGUUCAUCCAUUGACAAGCAAGAUGCUUUUCUUUGCCAUAUUAAUGAACUGCCUUGAUCCGGCUUUAACCCUAGCAUGUACCUCGGAAUUCAGGGAUCCAUUUGUACUUCCCAUGUUUCCUAACGAUAAGAAGAAGGCUGCCGCUGCUAGGGAAGAGCUUGCAUCAUUGUAUGGUGGGCAAAGUGAUCAGCUGGCAGUCAUAGCUGCUUUUGAGUGCUGGAAGCAUGCCAAAGAAAGGGGUCAAGAAGGACGUUUUUGUUCGAAAUACUUCAUCUCAUCAAGCACCAUGAAUAUGCUGUUUGGCAUGCGGAAGCAGCUUCAGGCUGAACUGAUGCGGUUUGGGUUUAUUCCAGAUGAUGUCUCAAGUUGUAGUCUGAAUGCACAUGAUCCUGGGAUACUUCAUGCAGUCCUUGUGGCUGGUUUUUAUCCAAUGGUGGGGAGGUUGCUCCCUUUAAGACAGGGUAAACGAUUUGUUGUAGAGACUGCUGGUGGCAGUAAAGUUCGGUUACACACUCACUCAAUUAAUUCUAAGUUAUCACUUAAGCAAUCCAAUGAUUGCCCUUUGAUAAUGUAUGAUGAAAUAACCCGUGGAGAUGGGGGUAUGCAUAUAAGGAACUGUACAGUCAUUGGGCCACUUCCAUUGUUACUGCUUGCAACAGAGAUCGCAGUGGCUCCUGCAAAAGGGAAUGAUGACAACGAAGAUGAUGAUGAUGAUGAUGAUGGUGACGACGACGAUGGAAGUGAUGAUGCUGAUGAAUGUGACACUGAUGGAGAUGAAAUUUUGAUGGUUAGUAAGUCAGGUGGAAAUGAAAAGGUCAUGUCCUCUCCUGAUAAUUCUGUUAUGGUGGUUGUUGAUCGGUGGCUUUCAUUCAGAUCAACAGCGCUUGAUGUUGCUCAAAUCUACUGCUUGAGAGAGCGAUUAUCUGCAGCAAUCUUAUCCAAAGUUUUGCAUCCACGCCAAGUUCUUACUCCUGUUCUUGGGGCUUCUAUAUAUGCAAUAGCCUGCAUUCUGUCUUAUGAUGGGCUAUCAGGUAUCUCAACCCGAGCAGAAUCUGUGGAUUCACUGACUUUGAAGGUACGUGCUACUGAGAUUGACAAACCCUUAACAGGGAGGAGAGGUUCAGGUCCAAAUACAAAUAGGUUACCAGUUGACAGGUCAUCAAGUUACUGGAAAGCUGAAGUCCAUGCAUAUGAGGCUGUAAGAGAUGGAACUGAGGCCUCAAGCUGCAACGAACAGGCACCAGUAAUGUCCGUUGGGACGAGCCUACGGCAGGCUUCAUCCCAAGGUCCUAUUUCAGUUGCUUCUGGUUCAGGCAUGUCUAAAUUACAGGGUCAGGGUCCCAGGGAAGGGUCUUGCAAGCGGCGACGACGUGGGAGUGGGAAGAAGUCAAAACAGUGAUGGUGGUAAAAUGCUAUGUUGUAAACAAGAAGGUUAAUAGCGAUGAAGCUGAUCGUCCUAAAGGGCACACAUCAGAGUAGGAGGUAGAUAGUGGUGUAGGUGUGUGCAGACUAUGCCCUAUAGUUUUGAAGGUUGUGCAUUCUGUGGAACCAUCCAGUGAUCUUUGCUUGAGAAUCGUUUUCCGAACUACAUGCUAACAUAUAGAGUCGAUAGUUACAUGGACUUAAAGUAUUACUACUAACCAAUGGCAUCCAAAUAGCCAUUUUACAUGUGAGACAAGUUUUCUGCAUGAUUAAUAUUUUGUUCCAAUUAACUUUUCCAGCAAAAUUAAUUGGAAAGUUCACCAUUAAUCAUUCUUUUAUGCAUUAUUCAUACGGCUUCAGAUUAAAAA